AUGAGGAAACCCAUUAUUCCAAGACUCAUUUCUCUCAAGAAAUCAAGUAAACUGAAGAAAUUUGAACUUCUGAAGCAUUACAACUAUGGGUAUAUUCAAGAAAUCCAGUUCUCUCCUUCAAACUCUCCCUUCAUUCACUAUCACAGAAAGCCACUCAAGAAGAGAAGAUAUAGAGACCUAGACUCCAUUUUAUUCAUGUCCAAGUGUUUGGGAAGGUUGAAAGCUGAGGGAGGAGAGAGAAAUUACCCCUUGGAUAGCUUGGAGCCAUUGCCUGCUAAUGAAGUUGCAGGAACAAAAGAACUGUGGGAAUCGUUGGAUUCGAGUGGGGAAGAAGAUUCAGUUGAUGAGAGGGCUGAGAGGUUUAUUGAGAAGUUCUAUAAAGAGAUUAGAAUGCAGAGACAGAAAUCAAUUAUCCAGCACAAUGGAAUGCUUGGAGAAUGA